GAUCAGCUGGAAAGCUUAUUUUGUGUAAAGUUUAUCAACAUAUCAACAGCAGGUCCAAAUUCUUCAGUAUUAUGUCCUCACCCAUUAGAUUCUACUUCGAUUUAUUGUCACCUCCUUCACGGGGACUGUGGCUAGCUUUAAAGUUGUGUCAAAACCCAAUAGAAUUUUGUCCCAUUGCCCUCCGGAAAUUGGAACAGUUGACCGAGGAGUACAAGAAGAUCAAUCGUUUCCAAAAGGUGCCUGCCAUAGUAGUUGGCGACUUCCACUUGGCUGAAACAAUCGCCAUUAUUCGUUAUCUCGCCGACAAAGGUCACUUUAGUGAACAGCUUUACCCGAAGUCCAUAGAGGCCCGAGCUCGGGUGGAUGAAUUCCUUGAGUGGCAACAUCUCAAUAUUCGACUGGCCUGUUCUUUGUUUUUCCGGGAUGCUUGGCUUCUCCCCAUUAAUGGUCUGGCACCCAAACCAACAUCUGAAAAAUUACAAGAGCUGAUUAGAACUGUGGAGGAGAAUCUGGUCCUUUUGGAGAUCUUCUGGCUGAAUGAGGACUUCCUGGUUGGCAACACACUAACCGUGGCAGAUCUUCUAUGUGCUUCCGAAAUAAAUCAACUGAAGAUUUGCCACUAUAACGUCGAUGAGAAAAUGUUCCCAAAAGUUUUCAAGUGGCUGGAUCGUGUUCGUCAGGAAACCAAUCCCUACCAUGAUGAGUCCCUGGCUUUUGUUAAUCACAAGGCCAAGCUGAAUUCACUAGCUAAAUUGUGAAAUUAAAUUUGUUGUUUAUAAUGUGUAAUUUCUAUUUUUUUAAAGACUGUGAAAUAAAAAUCUGUUUUUCAAAA